CCCUGUUUCAGAGAUUCAGAUACAGACUGCAGAAAGUUCAGAUAGUAGGGUCCUGUCUUGACACGGCCGACCACCACCGCCGCCGGCCGCCCCGCUUCCUUCCGCUGCCUGCGUACCGUCGCGGAUUCUCCCCGGCGUUUCGCCAGCGUUCUCCGUCCUCCCGCAGAAGCCAUAGGGUUCCUGCCCCUCUCGCCCCUCUCUCUGAAUCGAUCCAAGACCCUCGGUCAGUCACCGGCACGGACACCGACUCCAGAUUCGAAGCGCUGGAGACCGGCCGCCGGCCUCCACUGCCCCGGCAAGGCUGAUACGGUUAAGUACGUCUACAUGCCAAACUGUGCGGCUCGAAGAACGCGUUUCUUGUAGCGUCAGGUGAUGGCCAACAGCGAGUAUGAGUACGUCAAGAGGGAGUUCGAGUUCGACCGCCGCCUCCCGGCCUCCAACUGGAUCGUUGUCCGCAUCGACGGCUGCCAUUUUCACCGAUUCUCCAAGAUACACGCCUUUGAGAAACCAAAUGAUGAGAAUGCUUUAAGAUUGAUGAAUGCUUGUGCCACCUCUAUGCUCGAGAAGUUUCCUGAUAUCGUGUUUGCUUAUGGUGUUAGCGAUGAGUACAGUUUUGUUUUCAGAGAGGGAACAGAAUUCUAUCAAAGGCGAGAAAGCAAAAUUCUGUCUUUAUGUGUUUCUUACUUCACGUCUAUGUACGUGAUGAAGUGGAAAGAUUUCUUUCCUAAUAAAGAUUUGAAGGAGCCCCCCUAUUUUGAUGGGCGAGUGGUCUGCUAUCCAAAUAUGAAAACCAUUCAUGAUUAUUUGGCAUGGAGGCAAGUGGACUGUCAUAUAAAUAAUCAUUAUAAUACAUGCUUCUGGAUGUUGGUGAAGUCUGGAAAAACUGAAAAAGAGGCACAACAAACAUUGAAGGGAACAUUCUCUAAGGACAAGAAUGAGUUGCUUUCUCAACAGUUCCAAGUCAACUAUGAGGAUGAACUGGCUAUGUUCCGGAAAGGAUCCAGUGUUUAUCGAGAUAAGGUAGAAACAAAGGUAAAAACAGACGACUACGGGAAUCCCAUAAAAAGAAUCCGGCUGGCAAUUACAGUGUCAAAUUUGGAUAUCAUAGGACCUGAGUUUUGGGAAAAACAUCAAUACAUUCUUCGAGAAGAAAAAUGUAGAUACGAGUAUGUGAAGAAGUUUGACGACAUCCGUAGGCUUCCAUGUUGUAAUUGGAUCGUUGUUCGUAUCAGCACCUGCCAAUUCGAUCAAUUCUCGCUGAUCCAUUCAUUUGACAAGCCAAAUGAUGAGACCGCUUUAAGUUUGAUGAACGCUUCUGCUUCUUUCAUGAUGGAGCAAUUCCCUGAUAUUAUCUUUUGUUAUGGUUUUAGCAACGAGUACAGCUUUGUGUUCCAGGAGAACACUGAAUUGUACCAGAGAAAUGAGAGAUUACUCCUUUCUUCAUGUUCAUCAUGUUUCACUUCCUUUUACAUGAUGAAGUGGAAAGAAUAUUUCCCCGGUAAAGAAUUAGUGCAGCCACCUAAAUUUGAAGCAGAAGUUCUCUGUUACCCAAAACCAAAGAUAGUUUGUGAUUAUUUGUCCUGGAGGCAAGCAGAAUGUCACAACAGGAACCAAUACAAUACAUGCUUUUGGAUGUUAGUGAAAUCUGGAGAAGACGAAAACAAAGCCAAUGAGAUACUAAAGGGAACAUUAUCAAAGGAUAAGAACGAGUUACUUUUUCAGCGAUUUCAAAUGAACUACAACAAUGAACCCGCUAUGUUCCGAAAGGGUUCGUGUACUUACCGUCAAAAGGUGGGAACAUUUGCCGAGGUGAAAGUGAGCGGAGAUGUCGCAAGAGAUGGGUGGGAUGUGGCAGUGAGCCACGUAGACAUGGGGCCUGACUUCUGGAGAAAGCAUAUUUGUAUUUUCGACAAAUGAUGGUACUUGUACGUAUUCUAGGCCGGUUUGCAGCUCUCAUUGUCCUCCGGAGUUUUGUCUAGAUAACAUCACGGUUUGUAGACUGUUGACGGUGUUUGUCUAUGCUGCGAUAGCCAAUGCCAUUUUCUUGUAUUGGGCUUA